AAUUAGUACAAGGUGCAGUCAGGACUUCUGAAGUGAAAAACUCCGUUCUUUGACAGAAAAAUAACACACAACCAGGGGUUGUUCAUACAGAAAGCGUCUAUAAAUCACAAUUGUUCAGCUCUCGUAACUUUUGGUGCACGAUAUCGCCUCUUGAAUCAUAAAUGUGGCAAUUUAACGGAUGUAAGCCUACAGCGGAUGACGUUUCUGUCCGUACCUUGAUGAAUGUUUGGGUCCUUGUUCAACACCAGGAAGCGAGCUCUUGCCAUCUACAAGCUAGCUGUUACCGUACGCGAUGAAAGCACAAAAGAAUCGGAAAACAUUACAUAAAUGGAUAUAAUUUGAUAUUACGACGUAAUUAAAGAGCUGAUACACGGAGUUUAAAGAUUAGCAUCACUGUAACUCGCCUCGUUUACGGUUUAGACUGCCAGCUAGCUUGCCAUUGAGCCAUCUGGUAAGAUUGUCGCUCGCUAACAUUAGCAGUCAGUUGCCGUUAGCAGGUUGGUUACUGCCUGGGGAUGGCUGUGGCACACAGAGGAUGUGUCGUGGCUGGAUAUUUAUUCCUAUUUCUUCUGGCUGGAUGCAAGGCGAGGAUACACAAGCUCGCCCUAAAGAAUGAAACUCGGUUUGUCGUCCACCUCAACACCUUUGGUUUCUAUGCUAAUGGGACUCUAGAUGUCAGCCUGCUUUCUCUGCGCCUCCCAGAACAGCUGGUGAACUACAGCAAGUACCCUGUUGGUUUCAGCCUCUCCAGAUCACGUGUGAGUGGAGUCCUGUCCUACACAGCGGAGGAGACGGAGACGUGCCCGCUCACUUUCACAAAGUCAACCAACAAUGAGCCACUCAUUCUUUUUCUUAUUGAUGUCAGCAACCUCAGUGUCAAUGUAAGAGCACUAGGUGACCAAGACAACACCUUGAGAGCAAAACUGAAGGCAGAGAUGCCACCUUCCAAAGACAAAGGUCAGAGGAAAAGGAGGGCUGUAGAUCCUCAGCAGCCUACUGAGAAAACAAAAGUGGGUAAACCAUCAGAUGAUGCAGCCGGGCCAGAAAAAUUAGAUGAGAAACCAAAUGGCAGUGUGGAUCAGAACAAAGCAGAGAUAAAAGAAGAAAAGACAGAGGUUGCAGUAGAAGCUAAGAAAGUGGAGGAAAAUGAAUUCCAGCUUGGGAAGACCAACCAGCUGACUUUAGCUUUGGAGAAAGUCAACGGCUCCUACAACUUCAGAUUCCACAUGGAGGUCGGGUUGCUGGCCGAGGGUCUGUACAAUUUCAACUUCCACUACUGUCAGAACAUGGUGCCUGGAAUCGACCUGCCCUACUCGUUCACCGUGGAAGUGACAGAGAAGAAUCCAGGAGGCUACUUGUCUGCGGCAGAAAUCCCCCUCUCUCGCCUUUACAUUUGCAUGGCCGGAGUCUUCUUCACCGCCGCCAUGAUCUGGGUGUACACGCUCAUGAAGCACAGGUACAGCGUGUUUAAGAUCCACUGGCUGAUGGCAGCACUGGCCUUCACCAAGUCCAUUUCACUGGUUUUCCAUAGUAUCAACUAUCACUUCAUCAACACUGAGGGGCAUCCUAUCGAAGGCUGGGCUGUCAUGUAUUAUAUCACACAUCUGCUCAAGGGGGCUCUCCUGUUCAUCACACUGGCACUGAUCGGCACCGGCUGGGCUUUCGUUAAAUACAUCCUGUCUGACAAGGAAAAGAAGAUCUUCAUGAUUGUCAUCCCUCUGCAGGUCCUGGCUAAUGUGGCCUACAUCAUCAUCGAGUCUACAGAGGAAGGCUCCAGUGAAUACGCUCUGUGGAAGGAGAUCCUCUUUCUGGUCGACCUCAUCUGCUGCGGAGCCAUCCUUUUCCCUGUCGUCUGGUCUAUCCGUCAUCUACAAGAGGCCUCUAGCACCGAUGGCAAAGCUGCCAUGAACUUGGAGAAGCUCAAGCUCUUCCGGCAUUAUUAUGUGAUGAUUGUGUGUUAUAUCUACUUUACGAGGAUCAUAGCCAUCCUGCUCAAGGUCACCAUGCCUUUCCAGUGGCAGUGGUGCUAUGAGUUUCUGGUAGAGGUGUCUACUCUGAUCUUUUUCGUGUUGACGGGCUACAAGUUCAGACCAGCGUCCAAUAACCCCUACCUCCAGCUUCCCCAGGACGAGGAGGACGUAGAGAUGGAUGAAGUAGUGACCGAGUCAGGUGCACUGGAGGGUAUUUCCAAAGUGAAGAAGACAUCUAACGGACGCGAGCGCCAGAAAGAGUCCACCUUGUGAGCGAGAGGCUGCAUAAUUUGGGAGGGACCCACUAAACAUCACCCCAGGCCCAGCUGGUACAAAAGGGGGUGCACAUGGACCAAGGCUUCCCACCCCCCACAGUGACAGCUUUCCUUUUGAAACUCUUAAAGUGGUUGCAGUGGUCAUGCCCACUGUCUGGCUAUGCAAAAAAAAAAAAAAAAAAAAAAGACUAACUUUGUUGGACGCUCUCCAUUUUUCCUUGGAACAAUCCACCCAGAAUCUCUGAAAGGUUUCAGGAUGAGACGGGCUCCUGCCACAUCGGAAGGGUGGAGGAACGGAAGAGAGCUCCGAUGUUCUUUACAGUUUUUUCAUUUCUUUCUUUUUCUUUAUCUCACUCACUCUCUCUCUUUCUCUCUCUCUCUCUCUCUCUCUCUCUCUCUCUCUCUUGCUCUCCAAAGAAAAUUAUCAUUUUAGAGAAAGACUUGCUUUUGGGUGUGUUUAUAUCAGCUAUUUAAAAAUGGUACUUCUGCGAGCCUAUUAGCUGUAUACCUUUUUGUGUGUGGUGUGAGUACACGUGUGUGUGGAUGUCAGACAACACGAGAUUCGGACACAAUUGUGUUUCUCUUUUUUUUUCCUUUAUCGGAGACGAUAGCCCGUACUCAGGUAAAAGGCUAAUCAGUAUAUUUAAAAAAUUUAAGCAACACAUUGUUUCUCUCUCCCACUAUUCAGGGGUCAGUAAUGUCCAUUCGGUCAUUAUACAGUACAACUUCAUCACCACGCAGAACAGUAUAUGUUACUUUUUUCUGAUAUAAUUGAUUUGUAUAUUGAAAUAUAUGGAUGUUAGAGGUUGUAUAUUUCAAUAUAUUUACUUAUUGCAUAUUGAAAUAUGUUAUAUUUCAGUAUUAUUGUUUAUGUUGGAGAGGUGUAAGAGGUCCUUCCAGUUCAUUACGUGGACCGCUGCUGUAAUUUAGUGCUUUAGUGGUUGAGGUCAACUCCAUCUCUGUGAAUUCAGCCCAGAUGGUAACAUGUGGACCUCUUAAUGAAUAAACAGGUUUUUGGAUCAUUCUCUCCAAUAACCAGAGCAGUGGCCCUAAUUGUGUUCAAAGACUGCCUUUGUUUUUUUUUUUCCCCCUUUUUGGCCAUUCUGUGCCAAUCUGGGCAGAGAAGUGACCUAACUGAUCAUUUUUGCAUUUGUCUGCUUUUGGUUUUACCUUUCUGCUCUUGAUGUGAAGCUUAUUUUAUUAAUUAUUGACGACUUAUCGGUUAUGAAAGAUCAGAAACGUGUGCAGCCGGGCAGGUAGAUGGCCAUUUGUAAAUAAUUUACGAGGGGAGGCACAUAACACUUUCAUAAGAACUGUGUAGAAGCUUUAUAGACGGUGUUUCAGACAAUAAUGACACAAGUUCAAUUUCAAUUAAAGAUUUUUUGAUUCCUUUUGAUAGAUGGAGAGGAGAGUAAAUGUGAGGAAUCAAAGAAAGACUACUGAGAUUUACCUACAGGCACUCCUGUGCAGGGAUGACAGAGCUAAAACAGUGUUUACAGACUGUUGAUGUGUUUUAUGAGAGUAAACAGUCAGUAAAGGUUAGGAGAAGGUUUCCUGCUUGUUACAGAGGGCUGUUUGAUGUCUAUGUGAACUGUCACAAUAAAGCUGGUGUUCUGGAAAAGUCUCAA